AAACGAGAAUUAUGCAGUGGCAGCAACAACGACAGAACAAAAACAACAUUCCAAAAAAGUCUUACACAACCCCCAUAACCUUAACGCAUGUCAUCAGAAUAUCCUCAUAAUAUACCCAUAAUAUACCCACUUGUUCUAUCCAAAAGCCCACCACCUUUGUCUCUCCGACACCAAAUCUUAAAUCUUACACUAUUUUAAUAUUUUUCCUCUCACUGUCUUAUAUUUUCUUCAACUUCAAAUCUUUUAUUACCAUUCACCACAUAAUUCUCGUUCAUGCAAUAAAAACUUGGUAAAAUUUUAGCUUAUGGGUUCGGUUUCAGUCGCUGGUUUUGUAAUUCUACUGUGUUUCUUGUUCGGUUCAGCUUUUGUGGUUCAUGGUUUUCAUAUUCCGACAACUCUUGACGGGCCGUUUGAGCCGAAAACUGUGCCUCUUGAUUUAAGUUUUCGCGGGCAUGCAGUUGACUUGCCUGAAAAUGAUCCACGUGUCCAGAGAAAUGUUCAGGGUUUUGAGCCUGAGCAAAUUUCGGUUUCUCUGUCAGCAACCUAUGACUCUGUUUGGAUUUCUUGGAUUACAGGUGAUUAUCAAAUUGGGGAUAACAUCAAACCAUUAGAUCAUAAAUCUGUAGCUAGUGUGAUUCGAUAUGGACGGUUAAGAUAUCGACGAACUCAUGAAGCUGCCGGUUAUUCCCUUGUUUACAGUCAAUUAUAUCCUUUUAAAGGCCUCAAAAACUACACUUCUGGUAUCAUACACCAUGUUCGUCUUACAGGGUUGAGACCUAAUACGAAGUAUUAUUACCAAUGCGGAGAUCCGUCUAUUGGAGCAAUGAGUGAUAUUUAUCAUUUCAGGACCAUGCCUGCGUCUGGUCCAAAGAGUUAUCCUAGUAAAAUAGCAAUAGUUGGAGACUUAGGUCUUACAUAUAACACAACUUCGACAGUGAAUCAUAUGAUCAGCAAUAAUCCUGAUCUUAUCCUAUUGGUUGGAGAUGUUUCGUAUGCUAACUUGUAUCUUACAAAUGGAACUGGGGCCGAUUGUUACUCUUGUGCCUUUUCAAAUACGCCUAUCCACGAAACCUAUCAGCCUCGAUGGGACUACUGGGGAAGGUACAUGCAGCCCCUGAUAUCUAAAAUUCCAAUUAUGGUGGUGGAGGGGAACCAUGAGAUAGAACAGCAAGCUGAGAAUCAAACGUUUGCUGCUUAUAAUUCUAGAUUUGCAUUCCCAUCAAGAGAGAGUGGAUCACAUUCCACAUUCUACUAUUCGUUCAACGCUGGAGGGAUACAUUUUGUUAUGCUGGGGGCUUACAUUUCCUACGACAAAUCAGGGGAUCAAUUCAGGUGGUUGGAGAGAGAUCUAGCUGAAGUCGAUAGAGAAGUUACUCCAUGGCUCGUGGCUACAUGGCACGCUCCAUGGUAUAGCACUUACAAGUCACAUUACAGAGAAGCAGAGUGUAUGAGGGUAGAAAUGGAAGAAUUGCUUUACAAAUAUAGUGUUGACAUAAUCUUUAACGGACACGUACAUGCAUACGAAAGGUCUAAUCGAGUGUUCAACUACACAUUGGAUCCAUGUGGACCUAUUCAUAUAACGGUUGGUGAUGGUGGAAACCGAGAGAAGAUGGCGAUUGAACAUACUGAUGAACCUGGUAACUGUCCAGACCCAUCUACCACACCGGAUGAAUUCAUGGGCGGUUUCUGUGCAUUCAAUUUCACAUCAGGACCAGCAGCAGGAAAAUUCUGUUGGGAUAGGCAACCCGAUUAUAGUGCAUACCGAGAAAGUAGUUUCGGCCAUGGAAUUUUCGAGGUGAAAAACGAGACUCAUGCCCUAUGGACAUGGCACCGGAACCAGGACUUGUAUAGUACUGCCGGAGAUCAAAUUUACAUAGUAAGGCAACCGGAAAGGUGUCGUGUUGAACACAAGGUAAUUAAGAUUUUAGAGAAUAGGAAUAGGAAUAGGAAGAAAAUUCAUAGAAAAAUGUAGUUUAGUUUUGUUUCUUACAAUCUGAUAUUUAAUAGUAUAAUAGAAUAGGAAUAGAAGUUUUUUGCAUGAUUUCUGAGAUUUGACAUGGAAGCGCAAAGCCGGAGUGGUGACGAUAUCGAAAGGGAGCCAGAAAGAUCCAAGAUUUUUGAACAGAAAUGUUGUAUCAAAGUCUCAUUUAAAUGUUGUAUCAAAGUCUCAUAUAAAUGUUGUAUCUUACUAAGCUGCUGUUCACAAAA